UGACACGCUGGCCUUCUUGCUUCCUUCCCUUUACCGGGUUCCAUCGGGCCUCCAGCUCAGGGACAGACUCUUUCUGGCAGGAAGCACUAUAUUUUCCAUCACUGGCUGUACAAGGGCACCGCACCCCGGUGGCCGGCAGAUCAUCAUGUCCUCAUCCAGCAUGCUUCCGCCCGUAGGGCCUGUAGGCCAUGGCUACUUCCGAGGACGUCGAAGCAGCAACAGCAGCAGCAGCCAGUACUCCUGGAUUGGGGCCCGGCCGAAGCCCCGGGGAGGAGGGUCCCGCGGAUACUCCACCGACGACGAAGACGAGGUUCUCUACGACCUGGACGAAGCCGCCCUGGCGCAGCUGCCCGUGCACCUCCAGGACACCAUGCGCGAGCUGCAGCUAGAGCGCGUCCACCGGUUCCAGCAGCAGCAGAGCGCCCACAACGAGCUCCGGCUUGGCCGCCCCGUCUACCACAGCCACUAUGCCGAGACCUGGUUCAAGAACAUGAUGGCGCGGCUGUCGGCGGACCAGGAGAUGAGUGACGCCCACUACCAUCUGCGACAGGCCCAGUGGGGGCCUGCCACCUAUCAGCAAGACCGGAGUUGGCGCUCGCAGCAGCAGCAGUGGUCGGUCAACCGGCAGAAUGAUAUCCAGGCUGCUGCUGCUGCUGCUGCCAUGGGGGGAAACAGUACUUGGUUCGGAGAUGAUGAUGAUGAUGAUGAUGGUGAACCGGGACCUGAUAUGGCUCCGCCUCAUCAGGAGAUGGCGGUUUUUGAAAGGGAUGUGGAUGUCUCACCCGUCAGCUCGAGGCGGUUUUACAGUAUGCAUUAUGGUUAUGGACCGCGGCCGGAGGAUAGGGGGCGGCCUCUGUAUGAGACGGAUACGGGGAGCAGUAGUAGAGAACGGCGCGGUGAUGGAAAGGGCGGUGUUCAAUCCCACCAUCAACGCAAGAAGAGCCGGUCAGUGAUAAACUUUAUGCGAUGUAGAGUGAAGAGGAGUAUACGAAGAAUGGGCAGGCUGUUGAAGAGAUAGAAUCGGGUUGGGGUUGGGGACUUUCAUUAUGCUGGCGUUUUGCGGUAUACCACGUUUUGAGCUUGAUGGGUGUUUAUUGGGACUUUUGAUUGUUGUUGGGAGAUCGACUAUCGCAGUUGUUGCGAUGUGUCCGGUUAAAUCAUAUAGAGAUCAUCUUGUGCAUAUAACGAAG